UUCCUUCUUCGCAAACAAGCUUUCAUUCAGAUCAACAAACUGUGUAUGAAGUUUUCACCAAUUGCAUUGACAAAAGAAAAGAAAACUUUUUUCUGUUUCGUUUUUUUGGUUGUGAAAAAUCAAAGCUUCGACUUUUAUUUUGAUUGAAAAACAUUCCGAUAACUUCUGUUCGCAUUAACAUAACAUGGCAUGUCCUUUUGCUCGUCGAACGGAACCAGUGGUGCGACAGGCAUCCGUUGCUGAUGCCAAUUGGAAUAUUGAGGAUGACCUAGCUGAUAUUCCAGAUGAUGCUCUAGCCCUAACGCAUUUACAAUUGGCCAUUCAAUUAUUAACUGCUCCUUCAAACGAUGAUAUUAACAUUGCAAUAACAUCACUCAUCUCGAAAUACAGCGGAAGAUGGCCUGGUAUUACCAAUUUAAAAGUACAACCUGAAACCUUGGCCAUUUACCCAAACUAUGAUUACCUGGCUGACAUUCAGGACUCGUUACUCGAAAUGGACGAAGCGUCGGCUAGCGAAAUACUGGUUCUACUCGGUGAGGAACUCAUAACGUCAUGCUGUUCGGGGAUAAUUGAGCGUGCAUUUCGAUGUCUGGGCGGUGAUUUGCAAGAGUUUUUGGGCUCCUUAGACGGUGUCUACGAUGUAUUGAAGUUACAAGAAGAGGACGUCUCCGACACGGGAUUCGUUUGUGCCGGUGAAGGUGAAUUGAUUUUCACUUCAGAACGACCGGUAAUCGCUUGGCUACUGCUUGGAUCGCUGAAAGCGCUGACAAAAAUUUUGUAUGGCAUCGAUGUCAGUAUAACGAUUGAGCCGGUCGAGGGAGAUUUCAAACGGUAUCGGUAUUUUUUCACUCAAAAACAUGAAGAAGAAUCGUCGGAGGAAGAGGAAGAUGAGGAGGAGAUUGCCAGCAAGGCAAUCACCAGCACCGCUUCGGAUUUGAAGAUGAGUCCGGCCACGUUCUGCAAAGCGUUUCCAUGGCAUUUUAUUAUGAAUGAGAACCUCGAGCUUGUACAAAUGGGCAAAGGCUUUACUAAGCUUUACAAAAGUUCACUUCCGACUCAUGGACGUCUAGCAACUACGUAUUUUCGAUUCAAAAGACCAAUGGGCUUGUCGUUAAAAUUUAGGGAAAUUGUACGUCGAACCAAUACUCCAUUUCUAAUAGCUUUAAAAGUGCCAUCUGGAAAAUCCGAUUUUUCUUCCGAGGGAUUGGAGAUCAAAGGGCAGAUGGUAUUUUGUCCCGAAUCAAAUUCGCUUCUAUUUAUCGGAUCACCAUUUCUGGAUGGCCUAGACGGGCUUACUUGCAACGGUCUUUUCAUAUCCGACAUUCCAUUGCAUGACGCAACCAGGGAAGUAAUUCUGGUUGGCGAACAGGCACGAGCUCAGGACGGCCUUCGCCGACGCAUGGACAAAUUGAAAAGUUCCAUCGAAGAGGGAAACGUGGCCGUAAUGAAGGAGCGAAAGAAGAAUGUCAGUCUGUUGCAUUUGAUAUUUCCGGCAGAGAUUGCUGAAAGCUUGUGGCUGGGUUCAUCAAUCGAAGCCAAAACGUAUCCGGAUGUUACGAUGCUCUUCAGUGACAUCGUUGGAUUUACGAGUAUUUGUUCGACUGCUACACCUUUCAUGGUCAUUAGCAUGUUAGAACUUCUGUACAAGGAUUUUGACGAAUUUUGCGGAUUCUUCGAUGUUUACAAAGUCGAGACGAUUGGCGAUGCAUAUUGUGUUGCGAGCGGUCUGCAUCGAGCUGGCAUAUAUGAUGCUCAUAAAGUGGCAUGGAUGGCUCUUCGUAUGAUCGACGCUUGUUCGAAACAUAAUACUCAUGAUGGACAGCAUAUUAGGAUGAGAAUCGGAAUCCACACAGGUACCGUACUUGCUGGAGUGGUUGGAAGGAAAAUGCCCAGAUACUGUUUGUUCGGACAUAAUGUUACUAUUGCCAACAAGUUUGAAUCGGGAAGCGUUGAGCGCAAGAUCAACAUAAGCCCAACAACGAAAGAUUGGUUGAUCAAGCAUGACGACUACAAUCAUUUCGAUUUGCAACCGCGAGAUACAUCUUGUUUGCCCAAGGAGUACACAAAUGCCGAAGGUACGUGCUAUUUUUUGGAGGGAUACAGUCAUCCAACGGUCGACGCCGAAGCCAAAGUGGAGCAUCAUAUUGAGGCAGCCAUGAAUCAAAUAAAUGAAAACAAUUGAAUACUCUAGCUUGACCGUGAAUGUCAUUUAAGGUU